AUGGCGAAUCGUCCAACCCUGGUUCCUCCACCACCUAUCAAUCCAAACAAAGCGGCCAUUGAGAAUGUGUUAGAGUUAACGGAGCUAGCAGCAAUUGCUCCAGACAUUUUCUCCAACACCAGGCCGCUCUGGCAUCCACCAGGAGCCCGAGGAAUAUACGGCGGCGCUGUUAUUGCACAAUGUCUAGCAGCAGCGCAGCGGACCGUUCCUUCGAACUUCUCGGUCCAUAGUAUGCACUGCUACUUUGUGCUCGCAGGCGACUCCGAAAUUCCAGUCAUGUAUUACGUCGAACACGUUCGGGAAGGCAAGUCGUUCGCAACUCGUACUGUGCAAGCCAGGCAACGGGGGAAGGCUAUUUUUACAACGACGCUUUCAUUUAUGCGGGAAAAUAGCGGAGGCAAGAAGCAGGUUAAGCAUGCUGUACCUCUUCCGAAAGAGGUGCAGCUGCCGGAUGAUGAUUGUCAAGAUGUAGAAGCAAUUGGGACGAGCCCCUUCAUAAGUCGCAGGAUCGAAAUAUUGAAUCGAGACAGCGAACAUCCACACGAAAAGCGGACGAGACAAUGGAUCAAGGCUAGGGGCAAGAUCAGUGAAGAAGGAGGACACCAGGCACAUCUCAGUGCGUUGGCAUAUAUGUCAGAUUCAUAUUUCAUCGGUACAGUGUCGCGGAUACAUCCUCUAUACCGACCAGGAGAUCCAUCGAACCUGAGGGACGAAGAUGGUUCUGAAGGUGUCAAGAAUCCAAAAGGGUUACCUGAGAUUGGUAUGAUGGUCAGCCUGGACCACAGCAUUUAUUUCCAUGAGCCAAAGGGCUUCAGAGCUGACGAGUGGAUGUUCACUGAAAUGGCGAGCCCUUGGUCUGGGGACGGGAGAGGGGUUGUUCAGCAGCAUAUGUUCGCUGCAGACGGGACGCUAGUCGCGACUUGCUUCCAAGAGGUGUGUACCAGUUCAGAGUUCCGAACAAAGUAA